UACUAAAUAAUCUCUGGGUUAAUAUCUGGUUAAGUUUGGAUAACUAUAAACUAAAUAGUUUAAGGGUCGAGGUAGGUGUAGGCUCUCGGAACUCCAAAUAAACAUAAGGCUAAUAUGCAGUCCUCUUGACUGUCACAGGUGGCGCUGUGGGCUGUCAUCGCACAAUUACGCCACAUCCGCUGCUGUUGUUGACAUUAAUGCACUUUUGGGUUUUCCCUGAUAUAAUAUUUGAGAAAAUAAAAUUUGCGAUAUUAUGCAUUUUGUUUAUGCAAAGUGUAAAAUAUAAAAAAAAUAUAAAAAACUCGUGAUUUUCAGAGCGCGUGCUGCAAGUCAAGUAGGAGAUGUUUAAUGAGUACAUUUAUAAAUCUCAAUAACAGCAGUUGAACAUCAUCGAAUCAGAUCAUUAUUAAAGUAUAUUGAUUAAACUAAAGAUGAUGAAGAGAGCCGCGCGACACACGCGGAGAGGCAGACCAAGUAAAAGCAGAGGAAAAUCUGCAGUACUGGAUGAACUUCGAGAAGAAAGACAUGAGCACACAGGCCGAAUGAGCAGUGAGUUCUGUCGUCUGUGUCAUGGGAAGUUUUCCACGCGGCGACUGCGGCAGGCGUUUGCCCAGCUGCAGGAAGAGUCGUGUGGCGUUUAUCCGCUCUUCUGCACAGACUUCCAGCGGCUGUUAGGAAUUCCCAUGAACAGAGACCCCAGUCUGUCCCAGUUCAUCUGCAACAACUGCCACUCUCAGUUCUACAAGUGUCACAGUAUACUGCUGAACUUCAGCAACAGGGUCAACCUCAACCCAUUCACUGCAGACAGGAACAGCACUGAAAAUUCUUCAACAAAAGAAGACAUCAGUUUAUUCCCAUCACACAUGAAGUCAGACAGCAGGUGUCUGCGCGAUCUGGUGUCUUGGGCUCACGAUCAUGCAGAGGGCUGCCGUUCCUGUCCUGACCUGCGAGAGGUGCUGGAGGGGCAGUGCCAGGGGGCUCUGAAGGUUGUGUGGGCUUGUGUGGAGGGUCACAGGUAUGCGAUGGACACCAGCACUGGCCUGACAAACACCGACACUCAAUCUGACGCAUAUGAAAGUAAUGAGAACCACCAACCAGCAUCCAGAGCUGACAGCAGCAAAACUCACAGCAACACUCCUGCAGGCCGAACUGGAGUCCUGCAGUGUGGUGAGCAGACGGCGCAGCUGAUAGACAGAGAUGAUGCUGACAGUGAGCUCUCAGACAGGAACAUGUUGAGUGAUGAUGAUGAUGAGUGUGAGAAGACGAAGAGCUGUUCAUCUGAAGAGAGCUCUGAUGUGAACCCUGACAAACGUUCUUCAAAGAGGAACAACAGCAAAGAGCCCAAGCCACUGGAAUCCAAAGCCCGUAGGAAGCCUGGACCGAAGCCUGGCUGGAAGAAGAACCUCAAGUCAGAACGAGAGGAGCUGCCCACCAUCUACAAAUGUCCUCACCCGGGCUGUACAGCGGUUUACAGAGGAGCUGACGGCAUGAAGAAACACAUCAAGGAGCAUCACGAGGAGGUGCGGGAGAGACCCUGUCCACAUCCAGGCUGCAACAAAGUCUUCAUGAUCGACAGAUACCUGCAGAGACAUGUCAAACUUAUACACACAGAGGUGCGGAACUACAUCUGCGAUCAGUGCGGUCAGACGUUCAAACAGAGGAAACAUCUGUCUGUGCAUCAGAUGCGGCACUCGGGAGCCAAACCUCUGCAGUGUGAGGUGUGUGGAUUCCAGUGCCGUCAGCGAGCGUCUCUCAAGUAUCACAUGACCAAACACAAGGCCGAGGCAGACCUGGAGUUUGCCUGUACGUUAUGUGGCAAACGCUUUGAGAAGGCACACAAUCUGAACGUGCACAUGUCGAUGGUUCAUCCACUCAUGCAGGGGGGAGUUCUCUCCAUCCCUCCAGAGUCAGACCCUCAGAAUUCAUCAGUGCAACACACUGACCUCAGAUCAGACCAGACCAGGACUGACUCGAACCCAUCAGACAUGAACUAUGUGCAGGAGAAUCUUCCGUCCAAACUCGUGGGCGGCACCGUCAUAUAGAGUGAUUCAGUCG